AUGGCCCAUAUCUCCCAUAGUUUCGAAUAAAUUUCAAGUCUUUUUACAUUUUUUGUGCGAGCUUUGCGUAUGAUGCAGGCUUUAGUGUAAACUGACGCGUCAUCUGGUAGAGAAAAAGUGCAUAUCUUCAUUUAUUGAAUUUACCUGGUGUUGGAUUAGUGUUUAUCUCAAUGUUUUUAUUAUAUAUUUUUACAAUAAGUAUAUAUCAAAUAGUUAAAGAAAAUCACAGAGAUAUAACCAAAGAAUCUAACAAUUGGACAUCCAAUUUUUUAUGAGUAAAUAACAUGACGGACGGCAACCGCUGUAUGUAUUAUAUCGAACGAAAAAAACGUUUUUGCCGUAUGACAGUGCGAAUAGGCAAACAAUAUUGCGGUGAACAUCAGCCGGAAACUGAAGGCUCCUUUGACAUCGAUGACAGGAGAGUGAAGUGUCCGUUGGAUCCUACACACACAUGUUAUCAAUCAAAGCUGAUGAAACAUUUAGACGUGUGCAACAUUAAACGGAGAUUAGACGCACAACCUGCAUUUAUAGUCAAGGGAACAAACUUGGAUCAGGAGACUACAGUGAAGCCGAUGCAUGUGCCGUUAUCACAGCUCAAUGAAGCUGUGAUAGAAACAGUAAUAAAGAAGAUCAAUUCUGCCUAUGAAAAACUGCCAGAGUUUCCUCAAGUAAUAUUGCAGCAUGAUGUACUGGAACAUAAAUUAACCGACAAGUCUUGCGGUGCUAAUACCAGAAAGCAUUUACUUCAAAAUUCAUCUCUACUUGGACAUUUGGAACAAGCGGGUCUUGUGCAAGACGAUACCUGUUUUAUUGAAUUUGGGGCAGGAAGAGCUCAGUUAACAUACUGGUUGGGACAGAUAAUAAAGAACAAAUCCAACUCUUGCAUUUUGCUAGUGGAUCGUUCCAGUCUUCGGCACAAGAACGACAAUAAGCUUAAAAAGGAGGAGAGUGGUCUCAUGAUAAAAAGAGUGCGUGCUGACAUUGCCGAUCUGCGAUUGAACGAGAUCAUUGAAAUCCAGCCGAUUAAGUACAAAGUCGGAAUAGCAAAACAUCUCUGCGGCACGGCCACAGACUUGGCUAUACGUUGUUUGAUAAAGUCGAUGAACAGGGAGCCUGAAGUCGAUAUCCGCGGUUUAGUCCUCGCUUUUUGUUGCCAUCACAAGUGCGAGUAUUCGUCUUACGUGGGCAGAAAGUAUCUACAACAAUGUGGUUUUACCGCAGAAGAGUUCCCUAUUUUGUGCAGCAUAGUCAGUUGGGCGACUUGUGGUUCUCGUUCAAAAAGUAACAUUAAACUGAAACAUAAUUCCGUAAUCCAACAUGAGGAAAGCAAUGUUUAUCAGUCUUCUUCGAAAUUAUAUCACGAACGCGAAUUUAUCGGACGCAAAGCCAAAACGCUGCUAAACUGGGGUCGUCUCAUCUUCCUGCAAAGUGCUGGAUUUCAAGCCGAGUUAUUUUAUUACAUUUCUACUGAUGUUUCGUUGGAAAAUAUGUGUAUCGUGGCUAUUAGAGAACGAUGAUCGGAAUAUUUUAUAUUGUUAACAUUAUGUUGAUAUUAUUUUUGCUGCUCGCCAAUAAAUAUAUUUUUAGAUAAUUUACAGUUUUAAGUGAUUGUUAAAUGUAUACGAAAUUGUAAUAUGCGAAAAAUCUUUCUAAAAAACAUUUAGUUCAACAUAAAAGCGGCAAGUUAAUUCCACCUCCUUUUAUAGACGCAUUAAAAGCUUCAUCUAUGAUAUGUGUAUGAUGGAUAUGUGAGAGAUGUGAUAAAGUUUGAAAAAGAAUAUAUA